GUAGCGGUUGGGCAAAGUGUUCGAAGUGCUUUGGAAUUAAAUUAUUUAUUAUUCUUGUGUAGUGUUUUCGCUAGUGUUGUCGUGGUGUGUAAAUAAAUAUAUUUGUGUGAAAAAGUACGCAAGCAAGUGUUAAAUAACGUAUUUCUGUGUAUAAAUUAAUUUAAAGAAUUUAUUAAACACCGAAAAGAAGUGUUACUAAUAAGAAAGAGGCAGAAAGGCAAAGCAAGCAACGCACAAAAAUAUACGUUCUCUACUUGAGCAUAUAAGCAACAACAAGCAGCUGAGGCGGCUGCUGAGACCUAGUACGUAGGGAGAGCAGCAAAGCGGGAGACAUAAUGGCAACUGCAAAUAUUGCAUUUACUCUGCGCUGCCGCUACCUAUGACAUUUGGUUGCCUACCUUAAUUGCCGCUGCAGUGACAAACACGUGAUUAUGCUGCUCCGCUUAAACCAAAUCCACACUGCAACACAAAGCAAACGACUCGCACACAUUGAUAUGCCGCCAAAUGUGCUCAUUUUGUGACGAAAAGUGUCAACAUAUUAUAAAAACAACAAUAACUACCAAGAAACUGAAGAAGCAUAAGUGUAGAUUAGUAAUAAAAAAAUAAAAUAAAAUAAAAUAAGUAACAAAUUGUGAUAAUUAAAAGAAAACUAAAAGUGAGAUAAAAUGACGGUCACCUAUACAGCGGAGGUGGCAACAUGUCGAGGCUUUGGCUGCUUUCUGAAAUUGCUGCGAAGAUGGCGCGGCAGCAUCUACAAGCUAGUUUGGCUGGAUCUCAUCGCAUUUCUCUUUCUUUACUACCUACUUAGUAUAGUGUAUCGUUUUUGUUUAGAUGAAUAUCAAAAAAAAAUAUUCGAAGGCGUUGCAAAAUAUUGCUACAGUUAUAGCGAUCUGAUACCGCUCUCAUUCGUGCUGGGUUUCUAUGUAUCGAUCGUGAUGACACGUUGGUGGAAUCAAUACACUAGCAUACCCUGGCCCGAUCCGAUUGCGGUGUUUGUUAGCUCCAAUGUGCAUGGGCAGGAUGAACGUGGACGUGUUAUGCGUCGUACAAUAAUGCGUUAUGUCUGUCUCUGUUUGACGAUGGUUCUGAUCAAUGUAUCGCCGCGUGUCAAGAAACGUUUUCCCGAUCUAACACAUCUGGUGGAUGCCGGUCUUUUGAAUGAUAACGAGAAGGCGAUCAUCGAGAGUAUGAAUAAGGGUUUCCCACGUCAUUCAAAGCAUUGGUUACCGAUUGUAUGGGCGGCCAGUAUUAUAACAAGAGCACGAAAGGAGGGACGCAUACGUGAUGAUUUUGCGGUGAAAACAAUUAUCGAUGAAUUGAAUAAGUUCCGCGGUCAAUGUGGUCUACUGAUAUCGUAUGACACGAUCAGUGUGCCGCUCGUGUACACACAAGUGGUGACAUUGGCGGUAUACUCGUUUUUUCUCUGCUCGGUUAUGGGUCAACAGUGGACGGAGGAUAAGCAGGCCUUUCAAAAGAUCGAUAUAUAUUUUCCGGUCUUCACAACGCUGCAGUUCUUUUUCUAUAUGGGGUGGCUCAAAGUGGCCGAGUCGCUGAUCAAUCCGUUUGGUGAGGAUGACGAUGAUUUUGAGGUCAACUGGAUGGUGGAUCGUAAUCUACAGGUUUCCUAUCUAAUUGUCGAUGAAAUGCAUCAUGACCAUCCGGAACUGAUCAAGGAUCAAUACUGGGAUGAAGUGUUCCCCAACGAAUUGCCAUACACCGUGGCAUCCGAACGUUUCCGCGAAGAGCAUCCCGAACCGUCAACAGCCAAAAUCGAGGUGUCGAAUAAGGCUGCCAUGCCAACAACAUUGUCGAGCGUGCGCAUCGACGAAAUGGUUGGUAGCAGAGGAUCAACCAAGCGUUUGUCCUUACAUGAGCAAGCUCAAAAUUCAGAUCAAACCCAAACACAGACACCAAUGCAAGCAGUUAAUUAUAAAUUUCCCGAAAUGUCACAUGAAGAGGAGGCCGACGAUGCCAGUGGCAUACACUUCACAGCCGGCAAUGGCAAGGUGCGUCACGGUUCCUCGCCCAGCAUCGUCAGCCUAAGUGGCACUUUGACGCGCGUCAACACGGUCGCCUCGGCGCUCAAACGUUUCCUCAGUCGUGAUGAGCGUCCCGGCUCUACGACGCCAGUCGAUGAUGGUACACAAAAGAUGCGCUUCCCCGGUAGCGCCAGUUCGGCCAGUCUAACGGGCAAUUUAGUGAUGAAGCCGCCCGGUAGUUUACGCAUCACAGAUCAAGUCAUCGAAGAGGUGGACGAACAGGCCACGAUCACUUCACAUCGUGCCAACGAUCAGGUGCGUCCAAAUUUACAGGAUAUAUUUUUGCCGGGUUUGGCGUCCGGUAGCAAUGCUGCGCAUUCCGAACCAAUGGAUAUACCGCCACGACCUACUUCGUAUAUGCGUACACAAUCGACCUACGAACCGACGCUGUUUCCACCAGGCGGUGUGGAGGCCUUACUGAGCACGUCAGCACCCACGAAUGGCAGUCCACGCAUGGUGCAGACUGUGCCGAAUUCACCGGUCGCCGAUCCGUCCAGCACCAAAUCACUUUUCGAUCGUCAAGUAAUUGCGGAUAAGGGCAGUCGCGAAGCGGAACGUCCCCCAGAAGUACAGCAGGUUUUCAGAUGGUAUUUAUCGACUGUCGAUGACAUGGACACGAAGUCCACAACGGAUGCGCCUGGAGCCGAAGACGAGGGCGAUGACUUCGACAAAUUGAAAGCAACGCGCGAGAAAGAACGCUUGCAGCGACAACAACAGAAGUUGGCGCGCACAAUCAGCACCGCGCCCGGCAUAGAUGGUGGACCGACGGUGGUGCCCGUGGUGGCAGCAGCCAUAAUACCCACAACCGUAGUGCCAGCGCCAGCGCCAGCCGUGGCAACUACAACGGUGGCGGCAGCAGCACCGGCAGCCCCACCAGCAGCAGCGCCAGUGCGUCCACUCUCGACGAUCUCAUCAGGCGAAGACCUGCUGACAAAUAAUGAUCCAGACGAAACGGUGGAACCGCUCACAACAUCCACGGCCAAAGCCUCGCCGGACAACGUGGGCUGAAUGCUCAACACUCAAGCAUUUCCAUGAGUGGCGUGAGCGAGGAAUGCUUGAAUACACAUGUGUUACAGUGUGCGCUAAAUGUAUGCGUACAAAUGUUUUCAUGCAAGUAAUUGAUGAAAUGUGCUCAACAUUUUUAUUUCGGCAUUAUUAUUAUUAUUAGUUUUAAGUUUAUGGCAUUCAUACACAAAUGUUCGAAUUUGCAACAAUUUAGCAUUUAAGUUGCCUAGAGACCCAACAACCAAGUAUAUAGUUUCGCGACAAAUAAUCGUUUAAGUGGCGGCGUAAAUCGUUGGUAUUAUGUAAUGUAGUUGACGUGUGCUCUGUCUAUAGCGUUUAGCGUAGCAUAGUUUUGUGCGCAAAAUUACGGAAAUGUAUAGGAAGUUUUACAUUAAACCAUUUUUAUAAAAAAAAAAUUAAAAAUCGGGAGUGAGAACUGUAAGUUGUGUAUGUACGAGUAUAUAAAAAUAACGUAAAUUAUUUCGAAAUUUAUGUAAUGUACGCCGGUCUAAUUACAUAACACGUUUAGAGUUAUUUUGAAAUUCCGUAUAUUUGAUGCCUCUCUUCUAGUGGCAUUAAGCGCAAAUGCUCAGAAAAAUUGCUGAAUCAAACAAGUUGACAAUUAAAAUACUAUAUACAUAUAUAUACAUUUGUAUAUAUAGACCACACUGCAAGGCUUUGUUGUUCAUAAAACAACAAAAAAAAAACAUAAA